AUGUCUAAGCAGUUGUGCCAAACCAAAGAUACACAGUUCCCGUGCCACCAGGACGAGUUUGCCGUGCCCACGUUCGAGUCCUUGGGAAUCCAAACCGCCAAGUUCUCCCCCACCACUCCGUCCAUCUAUUUCUGUGGCAAUUCGUUGGGGUUAAUGCCCAAAGAUGUCAAACCAGCAGUCAUCAGAGAACUUGAUGCCUGGAGUGCUAGGGGCGUCGAGUCGCAUUUUAACCACCCAGACGAGCCUGUAGCUGCACCUUGGGUGGAUGUGGACUUGCCGCUUCUUCCGUUGUUGGCACCGGUGGUGGGUGCACUUGAACUGGAAGUAGCGGCCAUGGGGACGUUGACCAGCAACUUGAAUGCGUUAUUGGUGAGCUUUUAUAAGCCCAAAGGCCACAAAACCAAGAUCUUGUUCGAGAAGCAGGCAUUCCCUUCGGAUUACUAUGCGUUUGUAAACUUGGUCAAGCUUUUUGGAUAUGAUGAAUCACAUUUGAUUCAAAUCGAGGUGCCACAAAACCACACGUACUUGAAAACCCUGCUCAUUCUCGAGGCCAUUGAUGCCCACAAACACGAGCUCGCAUUGGUGUGCUUUCCGGGAAUCCAGUACUAUACGGGCCAACUCUUCGACAUUGAAACCAUCACCCGGUACGCCAAACAAAGAGAUAUUGUGGUGGGCUGGGACUUGGCCCAUGCGGUGGGAAACGUCCCGUUGAAGCUCCACGAUUGGGAGGUUGACUUUGCUGCGUGGUGCUCCUACAAAUACUUAAACUCAGGUCCUGGGGCCAUUGCCGGUAUCUUUGUGCACGAGAAGUACACAAAAGAUAAUUCUCCCGACAAUUUUGCACCCAGACUCGCAGGCUGGUGGGGCAAUAAUGGACAAGAACGGUUCAAAAUGUUGGAGAGCUUUGAUCCCAUCAAGUCGGCCUUGUCGUACCGCCAGUCCAAUCCUUCGGUGAUAGACGUGGUGUCUCUUCACACGUCGUUGAAGCUUCUCCAUGCCAAAGGAGGAGUUGACACUUUAAGAGUGAAGAGCGUAGAAAUGACAAACUAUUUGCUUGAGCAAUUGCAGCAGUCAGAGUUUUACAUUGAUCAGGAUGACCACAAACCCAAUUACGGGUUUCAGGUCUUGACACCUCUCAAUGAGCACGAAAGAGGGUGUCAGCUCUCGUUGCUCUUUAAGCCCGACGGAUUAAUGGACAAGGUGUUUGGUUAUCUCCAUGAGCAUGCGAUCAUUGUGGACGAGAGAAGACCCAGUGUGAUCCGGCUUGCACCAGUGCCAUUAUACAACACGUUUGAGCAGGUGUACUACGUUGUGAAGCGGUUAAACGAAGGAUUGGACAAGUUUAAACCCUGA